CAAGAAUACCUUAAAAAAGCUAUUUAAAAAUUCUUUAAGAACAAAAAGGACACUCAAAAUCUUAAUAACAUGUCAGUUCAGAAUAAUCAUCUUUUUAUAGCAACAAAACACAGUUCAAAGAAACAAGAAAGCAUCAUUGAAAAUAACUUAAACUUUUCUUGUUGUAACAAGAAACGUGAUUUAUUGUGAUGCUUAUACGAAUUUUAGUCCUACCGAGAAUGUUAGAAAAUGUUGAUUUCUUUUUUCAUCUUCCGUGAACUGAAGGGUCCGAAAAUAAAAUGUAAUAGAACACAGACAUUGCAUCAUGGUAUGGUGUUCUUUUUUUAAAAUUUAAUCUUAAUGAUUAAUAGCUCGAUGUUAUGUUCUGUUAGUUUUACUAAAACUUACUUUAAAAUUAAAAUAGCAAUUAUGUUAUAAAAAUUGAUAGGCUAACAAAGUGUCAGGUGUUUGUCAGAAUAAUAUUACAAAUUAGGUACUAUUAAUAAAGAUGGGGGUGCUAAAUAUUGGUGGAUUGUACAAAACAUUUUGGAACAACAAGGAGGACGAAGUAGACUGUGUAUUAAAUAUGGAGUUACACUAAUUGUCGUAAUAAGGAUGGAAAAAGUACAAAAAGCAUGGUGUGUCACGACCGAAAAGGGGAAAUCCGUAUUACCAACUCUGCAGGAUUAAUAUAAAAGAUAAAAGGAUAGCCGAUAAAUGUUUACGAUUGAGUAGUAUGUUUUUACUUGUCUCGUGUGACGAAUGUAACCAAUUAUUAAAUUGUUUCAACGAUUUAAAAAUGGAGAGGUCAGUCUUCAAACCAGUGGAUUACGCUAUUAUGACAGCAUCAGUCGUGAUAUCCAUUGUUAUUGGACUCUAUUUUCGGUUCAGUGGCGGCAAACAGAAGACUAACGAGGAAUACUUAUUAGCUAAUCGAAACAUGUCUAUACUUCCUAUUGCGGUAUCUUUGAUGGCAUCGUUCAUGUCUGCUGUAACUUUACUCGGAGUUUCCGCUGAGAAUUAUUACUACGGAAUGAUAUUCGUGAUUGUUAAUUUAGGAUAUGGACUUGGGACACCAAUAGCUUGCCAGUUUUACUUGCCAGUAUUUUUUGGAUUACAAAAGACAAGCGCAUAUGAGUAUUUGGAGUUGAGGUUUGGCCCAACUAUACGGAUACUUGCGUCAUUAACGUACGCUUUGCAGAUGAUCUUGUACAGUGGAGUGGUGUUGUAUGCACCAUCGAUUGUUCUGGAAACUGUUACUGGAUUGACAAGAAUCGUAUCCAUUCUAGUUGUAGGCUUAGCUUGCACUUUAUAUUCAACUUUAGGAGGCAUGAAAGCGGUUGUAUUUACUGACUUACUUCAAUCAUUACUAAUGCUUGCAGCCGUCGUAAGCGUUGUUGUGUUUACGUCAUUAGAACUUGGAGGAUUUCUUCAAAUAUUUAAAAUUGCCAAUGAAGGAGGCCGUUUAGAUUUUUCAAAUUUCAGUGUAGACCCAACUGAGAGACAUACCUGGUGGUCGCUCCUCAUAGGUGGCAUUAUCAAUUUCUUGUCAUUGUAUGCAGUCAACCAAACUCAGGUGCAACGUCUACUAACUGUGAGUACUCUAGAACGAUCAAAGCGUUGCCUGUGGUGGAGCUGGCCGGUGCUUUGUGUCCUCAGCCUGGCGACCUGUGUCAGCGGUCUCGGGAUAUACGCCGUCUACAAAGACUGUGAUCCAUUUACAACUGGAAAAAUUACUGCGAUCGACCAGUUGCUGCCCUACUACGUGGUGCACGCGAUGGGCGCUGCGCCAGGCCUCGCCGGGCUGUUUGUGGCAGGAAUAUUUAGCGCCUCUCUCUCCACCAUAUCGUCUUCUUGCAAUUCCCUUGCUGCUAUUACACUAUCAGAUUAUGUUGGCAGAUGGUGUCGAGUGAGUUCAUCAUCUACACUCUGGCUGACGAAGUUGGCAGCGUGUGGGUACGGCCUGCUGUUCUUGACGUUGGCGUUCCUCGCGCAGUACUUGGGCGGCGUGUUGCAGUCCGCUAUGACUAUCUUCGGCGCUGUCGGCGGACCCCUGCUAGGAGUCUUCACACUGGGAAUGUUCACAACAUUUGCUAAUGAACUGGGUGCUUCUAUAAGUCUACUGAGUGGUCUAUCAUUGACAUUAUGGAUAUCUUUCGGAGGGCCUCGACCUCCGCUAGCCAAGCUGCCGGUGUCUGUUGAAGGUUGCAGUCAUAACGUAACCAUGCUAAUAGCUGCGACAACUGCUACGAGCGACUACUUCUAUCUGUAUCGAAUAUCUUAUAUGUGGACAGGUUUGAUUGGCUUGGUGUGGGUGUUGUUGGUUGGCUCGGUGAUAUCACUACUGGUGCGUCACCAGCAGCCCUGGCAGAGAGCCGGGAAACCACAUCCAGACCCCGCGCUAUUCACACCACCGCUCGCUAAGAGAUUAAUCGCCAGAUAUGACAACAAAAACACUAACAAGUCUACCGAAGAGUAACUACCAAGCCAACGGGAUAUACCUCAAGAUCUGAAAGUCUACUAACAACGUUUUUGGUGACUAUUGGACAAAAAACAUACAAAGAUAAGUUUUAAACGUUAUUUAUUAACGAUGAAAUAUCAGAGUUUCACAAAGUAUGAACACGUUAUACAAGGACAAAAGGAUUUGCUUAAUCUACAAUAUAAUAAAAGUAAUAAAGAACACGCU